CACCACCGUGCCAGAUGGAGCGCAAUCACCGCGAGGACCAAUGCAAUGAAAUCGAGGCGCUCGAUUCGAUCUACUGUGGUGAGCUGGAGGUGUUGGAAACGGAACCGCACAAGUUUCGGCUACCGAUCGCCACCACCGAGUACGAUCCGGAGGUGGAAACGGAAGGCCUCUCCUGCCAGCUCCUGUUCACAUACACAGAAAAAUAUCCCGACACAGCACCGUUGGUGGAGAUCGAGGAACCGACAAACUUCCAGGAUGGCUACGAGGAGGAACUGUUGGAACACAUCCACAAAACGAUAGAGGAAAACAUUGGCAUCGAGAUGAUUUUCUCGCUGGUAUCGUCCGCACAGGAAUGGCUAAACGUGAAGUACGACGAGCUGAAAAAUGCGGCCGAAACUGCCAAGGAGGAAGCAAAACGGAGGGUCGAAGAGGAAGAGAUGAAAAAGUUCGAAGGAACGCGCGUCACGGUAGAAUCGUUCAUGGUGUGGAAAAUGCAGUUCGAGCAGGAUAUGGGAAUUACGGAACGGAAGGAAAAGGUGGCGGCCGAAUCCCGCAAGCUAACCGGAAGGGAACUGUUCCUCAACGACAAUACACUGAACGAGUCCGAUCUGAAGUUCCUGAUGGAUGCCGGGGAAUCGAUUGAAAGUGUGCGUAUCGACGAAUCGCUCUUCCAAAACAUUGAUGAUCUGGAUCUGGAUUCCGACACGGACGACGAGGAUUACGUGCCAGAGUAGGCGCUUGUUGGGAGCGGAUAUCGGAUGGAUUUUGCUUGUUGCUUGUGGAGACUGUCAACUGCCGAAAUACAGUGAAAGUUAUUCCUUA